AUGAGCAAACACUUUGGCGAUAACGUGUAUCUUGUCCUCGGAGCCUCGCUGCUGGUGGCCAAAGCGUUUUGCGUGCUUCGAAACUCGACAUCGCGGCUGCCAGGACCGUGGCUCUCGAAAUGGACGAGCCUCGUGCUGACAUACCACUGGCUCAAGGGCACGAGGUGUCAGUAUGUGCACUCACUGCACCAGCAAUACGGGCCCAUCGUCCGACUUGGCCCCACCGAGGUGGAUGUGUCGGACAUGGACUCAGUCAAAGCCAUAUACACUACAAAGGAGACGUUUCGCAAAGCGGACUGGUACAAGCAAUUCAGCACGAUUGGUGUGGAAACCAUGUUCAACACCAGCGAUCCCGAGUUCUUCAAGAGGCACCGCCGGCUCCUGGCGGGUCCCAUCUCCGAAUCCAGUCUACGCGUCUUUCACGGGCUGAUCCGAGCCCGGGCGAACCUGGCCAUUGACAAGAUGCGGGACGAGAUGAGGACCAGAGGCGCGGCCGACGUCCUCAAGUGGUGGUAUUUUUUGGCCUCGGACGUCAUUAGCGAGUUGACGUUUGGCAAGCCGUUUCAGAUGCUGGAGCGCGGUCAGAAAAACGAGUUUGCCCAGCACUUGGAAUCCGUCAUGUUCAUGGCCGCCAUCCGUGCGGCGUUCCCACUCCUGACCUCAUUGGCCCGGGUUGUCCCACUGCCGUUCGUCGACAAGGCCGUCGAAUCGAGCCGGCGCCAGACACGCCUGGCAGGCGGGUUCGUCGACGAGUACAAGAGUCUCGUCGAAUCAGCCCCAGAAGACGCGCCGCAGACGCUCUUCACCAACCUCCUCCGGGCCGAGCAGGACGAGAAGCUCACCCAUGAUGAGAUACGCAACGAGGCCGAGCUGUUCAUCAUCGCGGGCAGCGACACGACUGCGAACACGCUGGCGUUUCUGGUGUGGACCGUCUGCCGGCGGCCUGACGUCCAGAGAGCGCUGGUCGAGGAGCUGCGGAAGCUGCCGGAGGAGUAUGACGGCACUCAGCUAAGAGACUUGGUCUACUUGAAUCAGGUCAUCAACGAGUCGCUGCGGCUGUACACUGCCGGUCCGUCGGGUCUGCCGCGCGAAGUGCCUCCCGGCGGCGCCCAUAUAUGCGGGCACUACCUCGAGCAAGGGACGAUAGUGUGCGCGCAGGCGUGGACGCUGCACCGCGAUCCGGCGACGUUUCCCAGCCCGGACGAGUUUGAUCCGACGCGGUGGGAGGCACCAUCCAAGGCCAUGAAGGAUGCAUUUAUGCCCUUUGGGCGCGGGCCGCGGAUUUGCCUCGGACAGCAUCUCGCCAUGACGGAGCUUCGCUUUGCCACUGCCGGCUUCUUCCUCGCGUUCCCGGAUGCCAAGAUGUCGACGCUCGAGGGCAUGUGCGACGACGACAUGGCCCAGGAGAACCACUUUGUCAUGUCGCCCAAGGGCAAGAGGUGUCUCGUCGAGUGUGCCUCGGUCGCGUCCAAAUGCUGA